AUGACGGCGCUCGCCUCUCGCUCGCCAUACCCGGCACCCACACUUUCGGGCAACACGUACCGCCAGCCGGCACCCACGAACGCCAUGAACGGACACAACGUCUUCACGAGUCCGACAGAUUCCGAAUUCUCGGAAUCAUACACAGACGGGAGGGAGUCAGUGGUGGAUUGGGAUGAAGUGCGGGUGGCGGAAUGGCUGAAGAGCAUAAACUGCAGCCAAUAUGUCGAGAUCUUCAGGAAGAACAACAUCACCGGCGAGAACCUCAUGGACAUCGACCAGGCCACAUUGAAGGAGAUGGGGGUCAAGAAGAUUGGAGAUCGCGUGCGGAUAGGCAGCCAAGCGAAAGUCUUCCGGAGCAAUGUGUACAAGAGGACAAGCAAGCGGGUCGUCAAUCGCCAUUCGCUUGCGAUGCUCGACGGAAACGCACUCAUCGGGAGCACCCAGGUCACUCCUCCAUCCUCAGGCUCGCCGCGCCCACUCCAUUCUGCACGAUCAGGCACGACAUCGCGGGCCGACAAGCGAAUAUCAAGACAGCUGAAUGGCACUGACAUGGCUUACGCCGCUCAGUUUGGCAGCAAGACUUCAUCACGGCCGAGCUCACCCAUGGUUGAUCAGGAGAACCGAGCCACACGAACUCAACGACAAGGCGCUCCAAGUCCGUUGGAGGCAUCGCGAAGUCAGAACAGUGCUGCAUACUUGGCUCAGCCUCAGGCAGCGCGCUUUGCCGGGAAGCCAAACUCUGUGGAAACACCACAAACGGCAAGGUUCCAUGUGAAGCAGUCGCCCUCGCUGGACAAUCUUAAUCCAGCAGUGAGUGGCCUACCAGCGGACAAGCCACUCAUCCGGGUCAUAUAUGAGAAUGGUCGGUAUUCUGUCAUUAGCAUCGAGGGCUUCCGAACCGCCGAAGAUAUUGUGCGAGUGACAUUACGAAAAGGCGGCCUCAACGAGAAUCACUCACGGUCCUAUUGCUUUUACAUUCUGGACGGCACGGAUCCUAAGCCAGCAUUCUGUCGUCGACUUGGCGAGGCCGAGCUAAUCAAGCUAUGCAACGACGGCGUACGCACCGAGCGAGGCAGAUUGAUACUGCGAAAGAUCCACGCCGGCGAACCAGAUGGCGAGCAGCUGCGCUCUGCAGCACGCAUAGCGGAACAGCAGCAGCCUGAACCGCCGGCAAUAGAAGUGCAACAGCCGAUCAAAUCAAAGAGCCAUCUGAAGAUAGAAAAACUGACUGGCGAACCCCUGGCCGCCGUGAGCUAUCCAAUGAGUCCGGCAAGUCGACAAGAGCGGAAGGAGUACUUCCAGACACAGUCCGAUGGCAUCCAAAGGAAUGUGAGCACAGCGUCGACAGCGUCUGCGCGAGCGAGGAAGCUCAAAGACUUCUACGGUGCUCGACCGCCGACAGAGUUGAUCACGCAAGACUUGCAGUCAUACUUCCCGGAGGUCGCCAAAGAUGAUAUGGACCGUACUGUACGGAUGUCAAUACGCAGAAGCAAGCGACUCAGCAGAGCAGUGCGGACGUUAAGUAUGGCAAGCAACUUCAGUGUCGCCAGCAGCUUGAAGGAUGCACCGCCAUUACCCACAAUCGCGGACUCUUGGUUACGCGAAGCCGGUAUGCAGAAGAGCCAGCCUGGACUGCGGCCACUAAGCGUGGUGCGUCUUGGUCGAAGUGAUUCGCAUCGAGAAUCAAUCGCCAGCAGUGUGCUCGAACCACUGGACGAAGAGUCGCCACUUGAACCUAACAGGAAAAGCUAUGUCUCCUUUGGUGGCGACAGUGGCUCUGACACGACCACGAGCAACCUUGCCAUCACCGAUCCAGAAGGUCAAACCGUGCUGCACUCGUAUUUUGACGACACUGGAACCAGUCCGGCAGCGACCGAAGGGGGUAGCGACAGUCUCAAUUCUCGGUUAUCGCGCUUCAUCGCCGAAGACGGAGACGAAUUGGACGAAGAGCUCAUGCAGCACCUGGAGAACGACUCUUGGGACAAUCUCAAGUACAUGAAGGGCGCCAUGAUCGGGCAAGGUUCCUUUGGCACAGUCUUCCUGGCGCUCCAUGCAGUCACUGCGGAGCUCAUGGCCGUCAAGCAGGUCGAGAUGCCGUCGAACAGCGGCACUACCAUGGAUGCGAAGAAGAACAACAUGAUCGAAGCGCUAAAGCACGAGAUCAGCUUGCUCAAGGACCUCAAACAUGAAAACAUUGUACAGUAUCUCGGCUCGAACAGCGACGAGAAGAACCUAAACAUUUUCUUGGAGUACGUCGCCGGUGGUUCUGUGGCGACUAUGCUGGUCAACUACGGGUCGCUACCUGAAGGCCUGAUAGCCAACUUCGUGCGCCAAAUUCUUCAGGGUUUGAACUACCUACAUUCGAAGGACAUCAUCCAUCGCGACAUCAAAGGAGCCAAUAUCUUGGUCGACAACAAGGGCACCGUCAAAAUUUCCGACUUUGGUAUUAGCAAACGGGUCGAGGCGUCUACGUUGCUCAAUCCGCAACCAGGGCCAAGACGUGGUGGACCUCGGGUUUCUCUCCAGGGAUCCGUCUUCUGGAUGGCGCCCGAAGUCGUCCGUCAAACUGCUUACACCAAGAAGGCUGAUAUCUGGAGUUUAGGGUGCCUGAUUGUGGAGAUGUUCACAGGCAGCCAUCCGCAUCCGAACUGCACACAACUACAAGCCAUCUUCAAGAUUGGUGGGAGCGGCAGCAAUGCGGACAACGCGCGCCCAGCUAUGCCUGACCAGGCCAGUGAAGAUGCUAAAGAGUUCUUGCGACGAACUUUCGAGAUAGAGCACGAGAAGCGACCGAGCGCCGAGGAGCUCAUCGGAAGCAAUUUUGCACAAACAAAGGCGUAA